CUUGUUUUCGUGACUUACCCCUAUGAGGGGCAUUUAGAGGCCGCUGUCUCGCACUACCGUAAUCAUUGUAAGAGUGUGUCCUCGUCAACUCCCAAUGUCACGUCUCGGUUAACAAGAUCACAGGGCUACGGUUAACUAUUGCGGCUAUUCUGCACAUCACACAAGAAAAACUAAAUAAGGUUGAAAUUCCACAUUGACAGUGACAAUAGAUUUUGCUGGCUGAAUUGUUUUUGCUUCCUGGUCAUGGUGAUGAUGAUCAUAUUAAACCUAUUUUUAAACCUAUCAAUAAAAAUGUAAACCUAUAUUCAGAUAAACGUCAUGCCCUCUACUAUCAUCAUUUGUCACGAUUAUUGAUAUGAUUGUCUUGGUUUCACUGUGGAAAAACUUAUCAGGGUCACAUUACGUAAGGCUCGUCUGUAAUUAAAGAGUGCGCUGAUUUGUCUCCCUCUACUGGCCAGACGAGGAACAGGCUCUAUCUAUCUAUCUAUCUAUCUAUCUAUCUAUCUAUCUAUCUAUCUAUCUAUCUAUCUAUCUAUCUAUCUAUCUAUCUAUCUAUCUAUCUAUCUAUCUAUCUAUCUAUCUAUCUAUCUAUCUAUCUAUCAAAAUAUGGUCCAAAAUGGAGAACUCCAAUUCAAUUUUAUUUAUAUAGCGCUUUUCACAAUUGUUUAAUUGUACAAACCAGCUUUACAUUAAUAAAAACAACAACAAAAAAACCUAGAGAAAAAACCCUGAGUGAGAGCGAUAGAGGAUACUAUAUGUUAAAUAUUAUAUUAUACAAUUUUUACGGAAUUACAAUUUAAAUUAAAAGGUAUUAAGAAUUUAGAAAGGGUACGUGUUUUAUUAUGUACAAAAACAUGCACAGAAAAACAAAAGUCUCACAGGUAAUAAAGAAUAGAUGGACAACAGUUUUAUUAAUAUUUUGUUGAUCCUCUUGUUUUUUUAAGCAAUUGUCCCGGGCCUUGAGUCAAUAAGCGUUGCCCAUGUGUUGUGCUUCAUUUUUUGCCAGUCUUCCUUAAAUACUUUUAAAAUCUGACAUUGACCUUUUUUAUUGUAGUAAGUUAAGAUAACACAUUUACAUAAAGAGUAGUAUUAUUUCUGGGAGGCAACCCAGAACACAUAACCUUUGGUCAGUGAGAUGGCUGCAUUGUUUACAGCAAUAAAUUAACAAAACGAUGUACUGUCAUGGAAAGCUAUUAUAACCAUUACAGAUUAAACACAAGUUGUGAUUUUCCAGACUGAAAUGUAUCAUAAAGGCUUACUGUAUUAAAAUAUAUGAUGCCUGUAAAAAAAAUGAUUUCUCAGUUUAAUUACAUAAUUAAAGACUUGACUUGUGUUUUAGGCUUGUAUGGAGUCAUUGUGCUGGUUCAGCCUCGCCCAUUGCUCAUCAUAGCUGGGAAGCUGUAAAGUAAUAAGUCAAAGUCUAAUAUGAUAAGAUUAGAAUGAAAUACUGGUAUCCUGUACAGGGGCUUGAUUUAAAACAGUAAAAAGAUGUGAUAUAAGGUAUUGUUUGUUAAAUAGUCAGAGAACUCUGUCAUAUUACCUGCCUUUUUAUUGACCAUUUGGGGGAAAAACCACAACAACUUAAUUAUGCAACUCGAUUCAACCAAUUUUUUUAAGUUUUGACUUGUUGAAAAAAGAAUUUGAAAUUGUUUAACUUAAUUGUUUAGUUAAUGUAGCAUAAACAUAUGUUGAUAUGAUAUCCUUUUUUACAGUGUAUGGGAGAGCGGGAUACAACCAAACACUUUUUGGCUUUGGCUCUAUCAUUCAAAAAAUAUUUUUAAGUUAGAUGAAUCAUUUUUUAACAAUCAACACACACAUCUCUGCUACAAAUGAAUACUUAAAGUUUGUUUGUGGAGUGCAAACGUGACAACUUACCCCAUAGGUGGGGUUUAUUGUAACAAACAGAGGGUUUGCUGUAACACCUGCUAGAAAAUUAACAAAUAAUUCAAUCCAAUUCUGUCUAUAUACUAAAGGUGGAUAUUGUUUAUAUAUCUGCAUAAUAUAUAGAUAUCCACACAUUCAUCCAUCCAUCUAUGAUCCUUCAUCAAUGCAUAGAAAUAGAUUAUUUUAGAAAGUGUUGCACAAUUAAGACAACAAAUCAUAAUUGUGAGUUAUUUCCCCUGAUAUUGUAUUAACAGAUAUCAUUUUGAUGAAUAGUAUUUACAUUGUUUUCAUUUCAUUAUCAUUGUAUACCUGGAGUUGCUUUAAAAUAAUAUAAGGUUGGAUUUGGUGACUUGCACACCCAACUCAACCCAAGAAUUUAAAAUAAGAUGAAGAAAUGUACUUUUAUGCCUCCAAAACACUCUUUGUUCAAUAUAUUAACCAAAACACAUGAAAACGUUUCACAGGAGAUCUUCUGACAGUAAGAGAAGACAGCUCCACCAUGUAUAAAUAUGUAAAGGUUGUGUUACAAACCCUGCGUUAUCAUCCUGAUAUAUUGGCAAUCCCAUAUGAAACAUAGAGACUGAAUUGAGCACACUUUGCCGUCAAUGCUAUUAGCAGAAUGUACUUUAGGAUUAGUUGAUCUUUUGGUCUGUAGUGGGUUUACAUUGAUCUCUCGCUCCAUAGCGUGACCGUGAUGGUAAACGGCACACAAUUAGAGACAAAUGAACUCAGGCUGUCAUUCGGUCUCAAGGGAAAGUUCAAGUAUUGUUUUUGGUUAGCGGUGGUGAAUCUCUUCCCACGGGAGCAUAAUCCUUUGUUUGUUUCCCAUUAAUGAUGAAGGCCUGGGGGGAAGGAGGGCUUAAUGUGUAAGAGCUCAUUACAGUCGAGCUGAGGGUGGGUGGGUUCUUGAAUAACUAAUGGAUUCAUUUGCUCCAGGAAUCUCUCGUACCGCAUUAUGUCCACAUCGCUGGAGUGAUGUGUGAAAAAAUACAAACUCUUCACAAUUCAAUCUUAAUCAAGUAAAAUGAGCCAUCUAUGUCCUGUUUCUCUUUCCAGUGUGAAUUCAGUUUUUAUAUUAAGUUAUUUAUUAAAGUUUUGCCACUGAGGAGUUGCUGUGAGUUAUAUGGUCAUUGUUUGUUGUGAGUUUGUUUGCCAACUCAUAUCUGUUUUAGGAUCUGCUUCUUACAGGUGCCACUAAGCAGCUUUGUCACUGCAUUAGACACCAGCAGCCUCCUCUCCCAUGCAGUGUUAAUGAUUUACAUUUACAACUGAGGGAUUGUAAUAGCCAGUGAUGCACUAACCAAAGGUCUCUCUAUUAAAUAUUGUCAUCAUACUUGAAGAACAACACUUGUUGGAAUUGGAUUGUCGUGUCCAGCACGACAGACAUGGGGAAGAUGGGGAAAGCUUUACUUUUCCUUUUCGCCUUCAUUCCUUCAUCUUACUGUAACUCCUUGCCUGUCAUUAAUAUGCCGUUGCAGGAAGUGAUGGAAGAUAUCGAAAUAGGCAAUUUUGCAUUUCAAAUCAACGCGUACGAUGUCGAUGGUGAUCCUUUAACAUAUAACAUCCAGGGACAAAAUGCAUAUUUUUUUGAUGUCAACAAACAGACUGGUGAAGUCACAAUCCGUACCAAGCUGGAUAGAGAGACAAAAGACCUCUUUUACAUAGAUGUUGUUGUGAAUGAUGGUGUUUAUCCAGAUGUGACAAAACCGGUUUAUAUUGCUGUUUUAGAUGCUAAUGACAACAUACCGAUAUUUCAAAAUCUUCCAUACAACAGAGAUAUUCCAGAGAAUACACCUGUGGGCAGUACAAUAUUUACAGCAACCGCCACAGAUAAAGAUUCAAACCUAGCUGCUAUUGUGUCCUACAAAAUUGAUGAAGUUGUACCAAAUGACGGAUUUCAACUGUUUGAAAUCUCUGAGACCAAUGGAAAUGUUGUACUUAAGGGACCUUUAAACUUUACUGAGAAAAGCCCUUUCUAUCAGAUACGCGUCAGUGCAACUGAUGGUGGUGGGCCGUUGAAUGGCGUAGAAGUGUUUCAGUCAUCCACAACAAUUGCAUUAAUCGCAGUUAAAGAUGUGCCAGACAUUGACCCACAGUUUCUGAAUUUACCAAACUAUGUCACAAUUGAUGAGAAUUCACCCGUGGGUACGCUUGUCUUUAGUGUGAGAGCCAGAGAUCCAGAUACAGGAAUCAACGACCCAAUCCGCUACAGCAUCGAAAGUACUAAUGCACAAGACCUUUUCCAAAUCAAAGAGAGUGAUGGUACAAUAACUGUUAAGACUGAGUUUGAUCGAGAGGCUUUGCUGGAUAUUUCUGCUGUUGUAGACUUGAGUAUAAAGGCAAGUGAGACAAACCCUAAUGUGAAUGGAGUCAUUGCCAGCACAGUACAAACACUACAGAUUUCUAUUACAGAUGUGAAUGACAACGGGCCAAAUUUUUAUGAGUGUGUAGGUGAUAGCUGCACACAGAAAAACAGUUUCACGGGUGAAGUUGAUGAACAUUCAUCUGUAGGUGUGGCUGUAUCUCGUCUGAAUAUUAGAGUCAAAGAUCCAGACCAGGGUGAACGCAGUAGGUUCGAGCUCAAGCUUGAUGGUCCAGAUAAGGAUGCAUUCUCUGUGACUCCCAGCUCUGGUCUGGCAGACAGUAUUGUACAAGUGAUGAUAAAAAAUUCAGCCGCCGUUGAUUUUGAGACCAAAAAAAUAAUGACGGUGCAGAUUAUUGCUAAAGAUGCCAAUGCAGAUUUCACCUCUACAGCCUCCGUUACUAUUAACAUCAACGAUGUAAACGAAAACUACCCUGAAUUUGAGAAGGAUUUUUACGAUUUCUCUAUUGAUGAACACUGUAAAGACGGUACUAUAAUAGCUACCAUUACAGCAACAGAUGCAGAUGCCUUGGAUGAUGGCAAAAUAACUUACAAACUGGUGCCAAGCAGCAUGCUGAAGUACUUUGACGUUUUUCUAAAUAAUGGAACUAUCUAUGUAAAAAAUGGAAAGCUUCUUGAUCGGGAAACCACCAGUUCCUACACACCAACCCUACAGGCCAUUGAUUCAGAAGGCAAGACCGGUACCACUGUUGUGGAAAUCAACCUUCGAGACAUUAAUGAUCAGACACCAGUAAUGAACAGAGAAAAAUAUGAAACUUUUGUACAAGAAAACGACCCUUUCAGGAUUGAAAUUCAGGCUCGAGAUGGAGAUGAACCAGAAACACCGAACAGCCAAAUCCAAUAUAAAAUUAAAGAAGGAUCUUUCAGUAGCAACUUUACCAUCGACCUGGACAGUGGUGUGAUUCUGAACAAAGGUUUAUUGGACCGCGAGGCCAUCGACCCUAAGCUGAAUGGUGUGAUUGAGUUGACAGUGAUCGCUUCAGACAUGGGCGUGCCAUCCCUGUCCUCAUCAGCCACGGUUAUCAUCAACAUUGCGGAUGUCAAUGACAAUUCUCCAAAAUAUCUGAAUGAUGAUUACAUCUUUCAUGUAAGAGAAAAUGAAGGAGGUAUAUCAGUUGGCUCGGUCUCGGCUCUCGAUGCGGACCAAACAGAAGUAUAUAACCGUAUCACCUUUAGCAUUGAAAAUACUUUCAAAAGUUUCAUUAUAAUUUCCGAGCCCUUCGGUGAAGGUUACCAGGGCAAUAUAAAAGUGGAUCCUCUCUUUGUGCUGGACUAUGAAAGUGACUUCAAGACCUACACUCUUACUAUUGAUGCAUCAGACUUGGGUCAAAAUAAAGCUGUGACCAAAGUGCAAGUGGUGGUGGAGGAUGUGAACGAUGAACCGCCUGUGUUUCCAGCUGACCUGACGCUGCGUGUUAAAGAGAACACAACCGUGACAGCACCUUUGGGCGCAAUUGUAGGCACAGAUGUGGACACCAAGCACUUUCUCGAAUAUGCACUUGUUUCAGCUGAAUGUCAAUGCGGUGGCACCAGAAAGCCGUGUCCAGAUGAAUGGUUCAAAGUUGAGACUAAUGGAGAUGUGGUAGUAAAUUCUGCUUCCCAAUCAGCGAUCGACUAUGAGAAAUGUAAUCAGGCGUUCUUGACAGCCAAGGUUAUAGAUAUUAAAACUGAAAAAGGGCAGGACAGCACUGAAGGGAUUGUGACUAUUAUUAUUGAGGAUAUCAAUGACAAUACCCCAGAGUUCUUUACAGUGCAGGAUUUCUAUGUUGUAUUACUUGAAAGAGUUGAUAAAGACUCAGCGGUCGCCAAAGUUUAUGCCGAAGACAGAGACACAGGAGAGAACAAAAAAACAGAGUUUAAAGUUCAUAAGGUUAAUUUUAUCAGUGCUGAAGGGAUUGUCAUUCAAGAUGUGAUUUUUUACGCUGACACUGAAGCUCAGCAAGAUGCUGAAGGAAAGUUCUCUGCAGAUAUACGCUCACAGAAAAAGAUGGACACUGCUCAGAAAGGCAAGUUCAUGGUGGAAGUUGAGGCCUGUAACCCUGAUGGUCUCUGUUCCACUUCUGUGCUUGAGCUUCUCACUGUUGACUCAUCCUACAAAGUGAGUCUCAGAUUUAAGUCACCCGUGUCUGUAGUGAAUGAGAAUUUGCCACGUAUCAGAGAGAUUCUGACAUCUGCUACAAAAGCAUCAGUUCACAUCUUUAAUGUAGAGUUGGAAAAAACUCAACGUGCUGCUGAAGACGUGACUGUUCUGGAAGCGUAUUUUGUGUUCCCCAACGGUUCAGCUCUUGACUACGCUGAAGUGAACCAAAUUUUGAAUUCAGAGGAGGUUUAUAUGGAGUAUGGAAUGAUUUUGGUUCAGUUAGGAUUCACCGGCAUUUCAACAACCACUGAUGGUGGGAAAAAGAUGAAGACUGAAGUCUUCAUCAUGAUUGGAUUGGUGGCAGCUCUGGGAAUCAUUGCGAUCGUGACAACCACCUCUCUAGUGUGCAUCAGAAGAAACUACAAGAGGAAACUCAAAGCUUCCAAAGCAAUGAACUCGGCAGCAACAGUGGUGAUAGAGAAUCAGAAGUCCGGACCUGUGGUGCCUGGAACCAACAAAUACACCAGCGAUGGAGCAAACCCAGUGCUGAAUAUGAAUUUUAACACAGUCGCAGACCUUGGCUUUGAUGAGGACGGAUCCAGUAUAGAUAAAGAGAGCCUUAAUUCCCUGGACUACAACAUUGAUAUGGGCACAGAGAAUGAUUCAAUGCCAAUGAUGAUGAUUGAGGAAGAAGAGGAGGAGGAUGAUAGAUCUCCCUCACUAUACAUUGAGCCUCUGGGUGCUGCAUUGGCCCAGCGUGAGAAAAAGAGAGAAAACGAGAGUCCCAAUUUUGCUUUUGAUAAUCCCGCUAUGAGCACCACUGACCUCUAACAUAACAUCCAACCUCUGUCCGCUCCCUAUCUUAUCUUUUAUCUUUUUAAUACCCAGACCUGCCAUAAAAGAAGAGAGUUUUCGUGCUCAGCCUAAACUUUUAACAAUGGUUGCUCCCACCCCUUUAAUGUAUCAAUCUUGCACAUCAAAUUAAUGACUUUUGUGAAAAGUUUUGAUACAACUUUCAUGUUUUUUUCUUUAUUUAUAUUUGUCUUUUUCUUUAUUUUUUUCUUUAAACUCUUAAUUUUUUAAUGAUAGAAAUAUAACUUUUGGGGGUUCAAUAAGUGAUACUGAAUCCUUUAUCGAAAUUCCAGCAGGCAUAUGACCGACCUUCAACGUUGAAAUAUGGUUGAAAUAAUGUCAGUUCUUGAUUUUUUACAUUGAAACAUUGUUGAUACAACAGUUAAUGCUAAACGGUUGCAAAAGGUUAAUAAAAUGCUUAAAAAUCAAAAGUUGAAAUUUGGUUGAAAUAAUGUCAGUUGUUUGUUCAACGUUGAUUCAACCUUGUCCUUGACGUUGUUUCAAUGGUUAAUCAACAUUAAAUUGCCAGCUGGGAUGUUUGCUAUAGAGAAAAAUGGAACUCGCUUUUCACUUUUUUAAAUUUCUUAUAAUAUUUUAUGUAUGUGAACAAAGUGAAUGAAUGUUAAAAUGAAACAUACAACUAGGAUUCAAGAAAUCAAAUUAACAGAAUGACUACCUGUGAACCCUGCCAAAUGUUACCUGGCACUUGCCUGCUAAAGUCUGAGUGAAAGCAAGCAAAUUUAAAUCUCAGAUCCUACUAAGUCGGUUUGGUGACCAGGGUGUACAUAGCCGAAACUGUUUAUAUACAAUAUAUUGUUGAUAAUGUGGUGUUGAUAUGUGCUGAAUACAAUCAUUUGCAAAAACAUUCUUCUAAUUUUGCUACAUUCUUGAAAUAAAGUUGACUGUUUUGGCAACAUUA